AUGAGGCCCGUAUUAUCUUCGCCUUGUCACAUACUUUCUUUGUUUUUCUUUCUUUCCGUAGAUUCUAUAGCAGCAGCAAACGCUGUGGUUGUUGUUGGAGGAGGCGGGGCUGCAGCAGCAGCAGACGGGCGCCUGUCUGCUGCAGCAGUUGCUGAGGAGCCCGCAACAGCAGCAGCAACAUCUGCUGCUGUUGUUGAAGUAGAUACUAGUAGCGUUGUAAGGCUGGGUGGCAGUAGUUUGCUGCCUGGUGGUGGUGGUGGUGCUGCUGCUGCUGCAUCUGCUGCAUCAGGGGGCCCUUCUCGCAGCAGCAGCCCUACAGCAGCAGGACAACCACCAGCAGCAGCAGCAGCAGCAGCAGACGAAGCAUAUGAUAAUGAAGAAGAAGAAGAAGAAGAAGAAGAAUAUGAUAAUGAAGAUGAAGAAAGCGAGACAGAGUGGGUUGUCAGAUGGGCAGAUGAAGAAGGAGGCUCAUUGCAAGAAGUAUUUAGCUUUGCUGUAGAUUCAUCUGCUGAUCCUGAAUCAGCAGCAGCAGCAGCAGCAGCAGCAGCAGGAUCAGGAGAAGGAGGAGAAGGAAGUAAUAAUGGAGGUGCAGGAGGAUCAUCCUCAGCAGGAGGCAGCAGCAGCAGCAAACAACAGCAGCAGCAAACUAAACUACCUCCGCCUCCUGCUAGAGGCAUCUUAGUAGGGGCCCCCCCCGGGCCUCAAACAAUAGACUGGGAAGAGCUGUUUGAUGUGUGGGAUUAUGAUGACGAUCCGUACACCCCGACAGAGAAUUCAUUAGUAGCACCUUUAUCAGGUUUACAAGAGAUUAAGAGAGCUCUACCUCCUAAACUAAUAUAUGCUGUUGUGCUGCUUGUUCUCCUUGCUUCGGCCUUAUCAAGCCCUAUUGCUGCUGCUAAAAACGCUAAGAUUGCUGCUACCAGAAGAGAGAUUGCUGCAGCUAAACGUGAAGGUGCAGCUAUCACAGAUAAGAGCAAAAGCCUUCAGGAAACUGCUGCAGCUAUUCAAACAGAAGCUGCUACACUUGCUGCUCUUCUAGCAGGGCAUCAGCAAUCUAUUGCAGCAUUAGAUGAGCUCCGAAACGCUGUUUAUCAUAAUCAUCAGCAUCAGGACGACCAACAAGAACAGCAGCAGGAGCAGCAGCAGGAGCAGCAGCAGCAGCGGGAAUACGAGGACGAUGAGGAGCAGCUGCAGCAAGAUCUGCUGCUGCAGCAGCUGCUGCGAGGAGCAUUUGGAGUAGAGUGGGGUUUGUUAAGCGACCCUAUAGAUAUACGUCUUAGGACGCUACGUGCUGCAGCAGAGUCUAGGCGUUUUGUUAUAGGUGAGCUUAAUCGGGUGAGAGCUGCACUGUCUGCGCAGCUUCCACCUCAAGAAGCAGCAGAAGCAAUAGAAGCAGCAAACAAAGAAGCGGCCGGGAAGGGAGCAGCACGAGAGAGAGCACCUACGCAAGAUGAACAAGAGGCAGCAGCAACAGCAGCAGCAGCUGAAGCAGCAGCAGCAGAUACAGCAGCAGCAGCAACAACAACAACAACAGCAGCGGGAACAGGAGAUGCACCAGCAUUACAACUAAGCCAGAACAAAGAAGCAGCAGGGGAGAUCAAGCGUUUGCUGCAGUCUGUACAGGCUGCUAUGAAUGCUCUAGAAGCAGCAGCAGUAGAAGAAGGAGAAGAAGCUGCUGCAGCACUAAGCAGCAGCUUGUUGAAGGGGCAACGGACGCUGAAGUACGGUUUGCUGCUGUUGAAGCAGCAGCAGCUGCAACGACAAGCAGUAUUAUAUCAAGAGCAGCUGCAGCAGCUCUCUUCAGUGGGAGCAGGCAUUAAAACAGCUUUAUCAGCUCAUCGUCAGUCGGUACAGCUGGGUAUUAGUAAAUAUGUAAGAGCAACAAGAGAAGCUGUAGCACUGCAAGCGGAGGUAUGUGCUGCUGCAGGUGCUUCACGCUGCUCAGGGGGUCCUGUUGAUCUAGCUGGAGGUCAGGCUGCUGCUGCUGCUGCUGCAGCUUCUACUGCUGCUGCUGCUGUUACUGUCAGGCCUUCAGCAGCAGCAGAAGCAUACGGUAGAUUUAUGAAGUUCUUCAGCACAGAUAAAUUGGUCUCUAUGAGUGAAGUGCUUCAUCAACCAAUCAGCAGCAGCAGCGCAGAGCAGCUUGCUGCUGCAGUUGCGCAGACACUGCAGAUGCUGGCGCCGAGUAUAGGUGCUUCUGCACAGGAUGAAACAAUACUGCUGCUGAAGCUAGCUGCUCUUGGCAGCAGCGAAGUACCCGAAGACCAGCUGCUAGCUUCAAAGCUAACAGAUUCUUAUGAGCGGGUGAAGGCUAGGCAGAAGCAGCUAAUGCAGACACUGACGACUACGCUUAAAGAGCUUGCUGCUGCUGCUGCUGAUGCUGCAGUGCAGCAAGAAAGAGCAAAGGUAUAUGCUGAUGCAGCAGCAAAUGCUAUGGAGGGACUUCAAGCAAUUAAACCCCUCCUUGUGCAAGCCAGACAGGAAGCAUCCCAGCCAUAA